ACAAUCGGAACAACUGAGCACUCAGUAAUUGGACACAAGGAUCAAGGAAUCGCGUCUUUUUGAGAGAAUUCUCCCGUCUCUGCGCUAUUCUGCUCCGUCCUCUCUGUGUCGUUUCCACGCGUGUCCGCGUGUAACUUCGCCUCCUGCUGCCGCUGCUGCGUGGCUCAGCUCUCCGCCGAUGAGGCUUUUAUUUGAUACCAGCGAGGGAAUGCGGGGAUAGGACGAAAAAAUGCAGGGAUUCGUCAGGUUACUCUUGCACCGCUGAGCCGCGUCUUCUCUGCCUGCGCAACGGCGCGACCUCCCCGCUUUCUGCAUCUCUUCACUCGGGACCAUGGAGCCUUAGAAGAGGGGGGGAGAGAGGACGAAUUCACCCGGAGGCAUUGGGAUCGGAGCGCGGCGGCUCCUUUUACGACUUCCCCCGGUCAGUGUGUGACCGAGUUUAACAUCCAAAACCGGGGUACCUUUGCGUCUGGGAGAGCCUCGGGGACCCAGCCGCUGCUUACCCCGGGAGGAGAGAGUUCCCACGCCGCUGUCGUUUCCCAUGUGAAUGUCUCGUUUACACCGCCGGCCUGAAUGAAGGCGAGAAGAAGCGCAGGCUGAACACAGAGAGCGUGUAUUUGAUUUGAUCCCCGCGGUGUCAGCAGCAGCAGCAGCAGCAGCGUCCGAGCGUCGCCGCAGGCGCUGCAUGUGUUUAAAUGGUGAAACUCUACAGAAGAGGGAGAACCGGGCAACACUUGUAAAAUCGCCCACAUGCACUGGAUCAAUUGCUGGAUUUGGGAACCACAUACGCAGAAGGGGCUUUGGGGAUCCUUGGAGGAGGCAGCCGGAGGAUGGAGCGGUGUAGCCGGGGUUGGUGAGAGCCUCACUUCGGGCCACUUUUCCACAUUUCUUCUCUGUAAACAACUCGCCCCUGUUGCCAGGACACAUGCAGGCCAAAAAACGCUACCUGAUCCUGCUCUCCGCCGGCGCGUGUCUCGUGCUGCUCUUCUACCUCGGAGGUGUUCAACUUCCAGCGGCGAGCAGGAGCCGGCACGACCGCAGCCGACAUGGAUACCGGCCCGACCAGCCGUGGCCUCACUUCUCUGACCCUUUACACCCGUUCCUGCCCUGGGAUCACACGGACACGGAGGAGUACAACCUGCACAUAUCCCCCACGCAGAAGAGGGACAUCCACGCGAGUGUUUACAAAGGGAAACACUGUCGCAUGGAUUCCUGCUUUGAUUUCUCUCGGUGUCAAAAGAACGGAUUCAAAGUUUAUGUUUACCCGCAGCAGAAAGGGGAGAAGAUCUCCGAGAGUUAUCAGAAUAUUUUAUCCACUAUCGAGGGGUCCAGGUUUUACACCUCAGACCCCGGACAGGCGUGUCUGUUCGUCCUGAGUCUGGACACCCUGGACCGGGACCAGCUGUCCCCGCAAUACGUCCACAACCUAAAGACCAAGGUCCAGAACCUGCCUCUGUGGAAUGACGGCAGGAACCACCUUAUAUUUAACUUGUACUCGGGGACGUGGCCGGACUACACGGAAGACUUGGGCUUCGACAUCGGUCAGGCCAUGUUGGCCAAAGCCAGCAUCAGCACCGACAACUUCAGGCCCAGAUUCGACGUCUCCAUCCCCCUCUUCUCCAAGGAGCACCCGCGCACCGGCGGGGAGAGGGGGUUCCUCAAGUACAACUCCAUCCCGCCUUUCAGAAAGUACAUGCUGGUGUUCAAGGGGAAACGCUACCUGACCGGUAUCGGCUCGGACACCAGGAAUGCCUUAUACCACGUCCAUAACGCGGAGGACGUGGUUCUGCUCACCACCUGCAAGCACGGCAAGGACUGGCAGAAGCACAAGGACGCGCGCUGUGACAAGGACAACGCAGAGUAUGACAAGUAUGACUAUAAAGAGAUGCUCCACAACUCCACCUUCUGUUUGGUGCCUCGUGGCAGACGACUGGGUUCCUUUCGCUUCCUUGAGGCGCUGCAGGCUGCAUGUGUGCCGGUGAUGCUGAGUAACGGCUGGGAGCUGCCUUUCUCCGAGAUCAUUGACUGGAACACAGCUGCAGUCAUCGGCGACGAGAGGCUCCUGCUGCAGAUUCCAACCACGGUGCGCUCCAUCCACCAGGACAAGAUCCUGUCCCUCAGACAACAGACGCAGUUCCUGUGGGAGGCCUACUUCUCCUCUGUGGAAAAGAUAGUGCUGAGCACACUGGAGAUCAUCCAGGACAGAGUGCUGGAGCACGGCUCCAGGAGCAGCCUGAUGUGGAACAGUCACCCUGGGGGACUCUUUGCCCUGCCGCAGUACUCUGGAUACCUGGGAGACUUCCCCUUCUACUACGCAACACUGGGAAUUAAACCGCACCCCAAGUUCACAGCAGUCAUCCACGCCGUCUCGCCUCUGGUGUCCCAGUCACAGCCCAUUCUCAAGCUCCUGGCAGCGGUGGCCAAGUCCCAGUACUGUGCACAGAUCAUCGUCCUGUGGAACUGUGACAAGCCUCUCCCUGCAAAGCAGCGCUGGCCCGCCACGUCAGUGCCCGUCAUCGUCAUCGAGGGGGAAAAUAAGGUGAUGAGCAGCCGCUUCCUGCCCUAUGAGACCAUAGUGACCGACGCUGUCCUCAGUCUGGAUGAAGACACGGUGUUGUCCACCACAGAGGUGGACUUCGCCUUCACUGUGUGGCAGAGUUUUCCCGAGCGUCUCGUUGGUUAUCCGGCCCGCAGUCACUUCUGGGACAGCAACAAGGAGCGAUGGGGCUACACAUCCAAAUGGACCAACGACUAUUCAAUGGUGCUGACUGGAGCUGCCAUCUACCACAAGUAUUACCAUUAUCUCUACACCAGCUUCCUGCCCAGCAGUCUGAAGAACAUGGUGGACCAGCUGGCCAACUGUGAGGACAUCCUGAUGAACUUCCUGGUCUCUGCUGUCACUAAGCUGCCGCCCAUCAAGGUCACACAGAAGAAACAGUACAAGGAGACAAUGAUGGGACAGUCUUCAAGGGCCUCGCGCUGGGCCGACCCCGACCACUUCGCCCAGAGACAGACUUGCAUGAACAAGUUCGCCAGCUGGUUUGGCGCCAUGCCGCUGGUCCACUCCCAGAUGAGACUGGACCCCGUCCUGUUCAAGGACCAGGUCUCCAUCCUUCGCAAGAAAUACAGGGACAUCGAGAGGCUCUGACAGGACCGGCGCCCCCUGGGGGGCGGAGACCUCGCACUGGGGGAGCCAAGAGAGACUGACUCGGUGGGAAGCAGGAGUAGUAGGACUGUAGCCGCAUGGACGGAGGGUGACACAGCUCUGUCUUCCACUCAGCACAUUGCCAAUGACUACAGUGCCACCGCGGCUGCUGCUGCUGCUGCUGCUGCUGCUGCUGCCCGGACUGGACAUGGAAAGGGACGAAUGAGGACAAACGCAGAUGGUGUUUAGAUUUGAAACCCUCAGACAAAAAGACAGAGAGAGAACACAAAGACAAGCCAAACAGUUCUGUGUGUUUCACAAACACACAGUGCGCACUACUGACGACGACGGUGACGAGAACUCUGGAAUAGAAUAUUUUUUUGUACGACACGAACAAGAGCGUCACUGACUUUCCCGCUCUUUCGGCACAUGUACAGGAUGGUAGAAGAGGGAAGGCGUUCAUGACCGCAAACCUGGCAACCCCCCCACCACGCACACCACUAAUCCUACUGGUCGCACCCAAGUCUGCAUCAGGACAUAAGCCUGGACUCACUACCAAACCCCUGCUUUUCAGUGUGGGAAACCCUGUUCUUCUGAUUUGAUUCCAUUGUACAAAUCAACUCUUGGUUUUAGAUUUUGAAUAUGUUUUCAAACAUUUACAUCAGUGUCCAGUCAUUACAAGGUCUUUACAGAACUACUCUGAUAUUUUACACACUCUCACUCACACACACACACACACACACAUCCUGGAUUCUGCAAACAUGUGAUCAGCCUCAUCGUUGAUGUGGUGAUACACAGUGUGUACAACGGUCUGUUAUCGCCAAGAUCAAUUUGAAAAGAACAUUGUUUCAUAUCCCAUUUUCCUCUUAUACUCAUGGCUGUUUUUUUUUCUCCACUUACUUUCAUCAUCUUUUUAUUUCCCCUACUAACGCUCUCAUUUACUGUGUGUGUGUGUGUGUGUGUGUGUGUGUGUGUGUGUGUCCAACCAUAAGCUGAAGCCGAGUACAUUUUCAUUUCCGACGGAAUGAGUGAAAUGAACAUUUCUGGAUGAAAUGGAGCAGAAUGUUGUAUUUGAACACAAACGUCUCCAUCAUCACAGGGAAAACAUUUCCGACCACAGAGCAGCCGUCAUUUCACAGGCGUGUCGAGAGAGAGAGAGAGAGAUUUUUAACGUUGAGCGUUCUGACAUCAGGGUCCGCCUUUAAAAUUGUUUAUUGCACAUCACGUCGCCGCCAUGCUCUCCGGUUGAAAUAUUAUAUAUUCCCCCCUCCCUUCGCCCGGUGACAUAUCAGAGAACCUCAGAGCCAUUAAAUUGACAAAAGGUUUUCUCCUCCAUUUGUCAGGCAGAGAUAUCUGUGUGUGUGUGUGUGCGCUUCAAUUAGGUGAGCCUUUUUCAUUUGGAGUGCUGUUUUAUUCCCGUAGACAAGCUGUUGAUGAAACACUCUAACAUUAUGGACCAUUGUGUUGUGAAAGCACUGACCCUCAAAUAUGACCUGCUGGCUAAUGCUAGCUUUGGGAGGAAAGCCUCUUUUUUUCUGGCCAACAAAACCCCGCUCUGUUUUAGUUCACGCUUAUCCACGACCUUUAAAGCUGGGGCGACACUGGAUGUGAGCGAUGUGCGCAAGCGGUUGCUAAACUUUGGGUGCGCUGUAUUUGCAGUCGUGUGUGAGACGGCUGCACACAAACAAACACUGCUACUAUUACUGUUUAUCUCACCUCUGUCACAUUUGUUUCACAGUAAAUCAGUUGUACUGUUUACAUUUCGACUAACUGCCGUUGCUACGCUGUUUGUGCGCACAAAAUACCACGUGGAGACUGUUGCUAACAAUAGCUAGCCCAAA